UCUACAUGAUCCUGUGCCGUUAUCCUUCGUUCUUCUUAACCUCCACCAUCUCUAUCCAGCUCUCAAGUUUUCUCUGUCAAACUAACAUCUAAACUUCCCCACUUUGAUACAAAUACAUUUUCUCGGUAAAAAAUGAAAGGACACUUUUCUACGCGAUCUAACAGACCCACUCGUACAAUCAUCACUGCAGAGCAGCGUGCUCUCCUCAAUGCCGCGAUUGAAAAAGUUCAUUAUCCAAGCGACGACACAAUCGAAAGUCUGUCGAACGACCUUCAAAUAAGUCCUUCUCAAAUCAGAAUUUGGUUUUGCAAUCGACGACAACAAAUGCGGAGAAAAGAGAAAGGAAAUACAGCCAGAAGCUUACAAUCGGCGCCACCAAUGUACAUACUUUUGAUCACUUCUGUCCUAUUCUGUGCGUUCAGUUUUCCACAGAUCCCCGCCACUUUCUCUUCCUCUGCCUCAGGAGAGUCUGAAUGUAACACCCGCUCAUCCGCAAUGUAGUCAACAACAACAAUUUAACGAUCCACUUGACAAUAUCACACUUCCGCCUAUUUCUUCCCUUUUCCCUGAAUUUAUUAAGAAAAAUGCUAAUGAAACUCCACCCCUAAUAUCUACUAGUCCAGCUCGUCGAUACCGACGGGCAGAGACACAAAUAUCUCUUCCACCUAUCACCUCCCUCUUACAAACGGUCCUUCCUCCACCUACCCAGAACUAGGCUACGUCCAGAAU